AUGCUUUGUAUCGACAUGAAGAUUAUAUUAAAUAUUAUUACUAAUUUAUUGCUUUAUAUCAUUUUGGUACAAGCUGAUAUCAAAAGAGAUUGUCGAAAAAAAACUGGUGUCUCAUGGGGUUCAUUAAUGAAGCUCAAAAAAGCCGAUUACAAUCUAAAUGACCAACAAUUAAAGUGUUACUUACUGUGUUUCAUGCAAAAAAAUGGGAUAUUCGAUAAAGACGACAUUAAUGUUGAAAAAGCUUUACGGCAUUUACCGAGAGGAGUUCAAGGGGCGUCGAAAAAAACAUUAGAAUAUUGCAAAAAAAUUCCUAGUAAUGAUACAUGUGAUAAAGCGUUUCAACUUGCUAAAUGUUACUUCAAAGCUCAACCAGAAGUA